CUAAUGACAUGACAGCCAGUUUAAGCAAAGCAAACUGCUUUUCUUGAAACCAUAGAAAACUUGAAACCAAAAUUAAACUUAUUUCCUAAUUCAUCUUAAGCUUCUAACAAUUUGCAUUCUAUAUAAAUUUCAUUUGUCACUAGAUAUUAGAUAACACUAGGCAGUUACAAAGAAAUGACAUCAAAAACUGAAGAAUCAGUAUGAAGAUAAUUUGUCCUUAGGUCUCACUCAACACACCUUGACUUGGACCUUGUACCCUAAUAAGCAAAUGAAAAUUAGAAAAUCACAAUCGUCGAGAAAGAAAUGUGUGUAAACAUCAUGUACUAAACUAGCACAAACUGAUUUAGUUUGCUAGAAUAACAUUAAAUGUGAAUUUCGUUUCGGUCCGGACAAAGUACGCCCUUGGUUUGCCAGAAUGUUCAUUGUGGGGUUGACUGGUGGACUAGCUACUGGAAAAAGUACUGUUCUUUCAAUAUUUCGUGAAAAUGGUAUUGCUGUCAUAGACGCCGAUGAAGUGGCAAGAAAAGUGCUAGAGCCCGGCACGAAAGGGUGGAUAGAACUUAGACAGUUUUUCGGAGAUGAAGUGCUAUCCUCUGAUGGAAAGGUAAAUCGAGCUCGACUGGGGGAGAUAAUAUUCGACGACAUUGAAAAGAGAAGAAAGUUAAAUGCUAUCACUCACCCUAGGAUACAAAGUGCUAUGAUGAAAAUGGCAAUUUCAUAUUUUUUUUCCGGCCACAAAUACAUUGUGAUGGAAGUGCCACUAUUGUUUGAAACGGGGAAGAUGUUGACCUUUAUGCACAAAAUUAUUACUGUUGUGUGUGAAGAUCACCAACAGCUGGAGAGGCUAUGUAAACGCAGCGACUUCUCAGAAGUGGUGGCCAGGAAGAGGAUAAAUACUCAAAUGCCGCUCGAACACAAAGUCGCCAAGUCCCACUUCGUCAUAGACAAUUCCGGUGACUUUUCUAAUACGAGGCAACAGACAGAAAGUAUAAUUAGAACUCUUCGAAGGUCCAAGUUCACAUGGUACUUCAGAGUGAUAUUUUUUAUCACGCUUUUGUCAGUACUCUUUGGGAUAGCACAUAUAACGAGCAAUUUUGUUUUAGACGGAAAUUGAUAAUCAGAAAUUAAUAAUAUUAAUAAUAAUAAUUAAUUACUAUAAGCCGCAGUUCAUCACAUUUUCAAAGUUUUUGUUUUUAAAAGCAAAAUGUAACCAAAAAUUCUCAAAAUCUUGCCUCGUGAAGUUAGUUAUUGAUAUUGUCUAUUCAAUGCAGCUGAGCGAUUUAAUAUUAAGGCGGCUUUUGCAUUUAUAAAAAAAUUGAUAUGACCGUCUCCGUCUACGUGGAAUAGUGAUCAUAACGGCCGCCCUUGCUCGCCCGCUCUCUGGAGGUCCUGGUUUCGAUUCCCAACGCCAUCCAUCGGAUCCUUGAUACAACUUGGUACUUUGUGUGGAUCAUUGAGUGUGCCCAUUUAUUUAUUUAAUUGAUAUACCACGAAAUAAUUAUUUUCAAACAUCAAGUUUCAGAUAGGAGUAUGAAAGUUGAAUUCAAUCGUUUAGUUUUGACUAAAUCUACAUUCUGGUCACGGGAAUACGUCCGUACAUCAGUACAUUACGUAAUAACUCCUUGUGUAUAAUGUAGUGUCUUGUUUUUAUUGUAGUUUUAAUUACUACUCGUGAUAUUCAAAGCAAUACCAAGCCUUAUGCUAUUGCUCAAAGGUAGUAAGAUAAUAUAUAAAUAUAUAAUUAAGGGUAUAAAUAUGGGAAUACUAAGUCGUGAACAUAGGCUACAAGUUUUUAAGUACCUAUAUUAACUAUAAAGUUAUCCAUGUAUGUGAUUUUUAUGAAAAUAUAUUGUAAAAAUAUUUAAUUUCAGUUAUAAUUUUAUAAUAUUUACUUAAAUUUGUAUAUUUUAGAAACACGUGUAACAUCUUAUAAUUAUGAUUUACAUAGUUUGGCUAAUCUAGCGCUAUUUAAAUAAAUAAUCGGGAGCGUCAAUAUCAAAUUGAUACAUUGGUAAUGUAUAUACCGAUAAAAAUGAAGUCAUGUAUGUUAAUAAUGUUAUUAGAACAUUUUAUUGCCAGAAGUGGCUGCAGUUUGAAGUAUCGAUAUAUAAUAAUUACUUUAAUUAUAAAUUAGAUUUUUUAUUGAUAUUACCAAAGGAAAGUGUAUUUUAGCAGUACAGUCAGCCGCACGUCAACUUACCUUUAACGUCUAUGCUGUGGUAAUAACGGAGAAUUUGCAAUGAAUUUGUAUAGGUUGAUGUGCUGUCGACUGUAUACUUCAUGUCAGUUUAUUUAAAAAUACCCAAUAAGUAUAAUUCUUUUGGAAGGGAAAUUUACGCGGGCGAUCCGCGGGCAAUAUUUAAUUUAAAGAAUACUUAUAACUUUUAAAGGUUGCAUACUAAAUUAAUUUUCCUAGUCCUAUCAUCUGGCAAAUAGGGUUUAGAAUUGACAUAAAAUUUAUCAAUAUGGUUUUUGUUUAUAUCAUAAUUUUCUUGGCCUGCAGUCAUAAGUGCGUUUUCUAUAGUUUUAGUGCUUAUUAUAAAAAUAUCUAUUAAUCAAGUACUAUCCUAAUUUUAACUAACGCGAAGUUUAAAUUUUGAAUUUUUACUACUAUAUAGCUAUACUCUAUACGGUGUUGCUGACAAAUCGUUGACUAAAUAUUUUCAACUUAUUUAUGUUGUUUUGUAAGAAAAAGUUAAUAAUAUAAUAGUAUAUUAUCCAUAAUCGUGGAAUUAGUAGAGUACUUACUAAAUCCAUGUCCGUAAUACACUCAUAUUUAAGAAAUACUGCGUCACGUUUAUGACAUUUGAUAAUUUACUAUAAUUGUAAGUUAUUACCGUCUGUCUAUAAGUGUAGUAAACGGAAUUUUGACGUAGUAUAUAUAAGUAUACUUUUGGUCAUUGCAAUACAAUAUUCAAGAUUAGCCAUUUGGAUACAGCUGCCUUAUUUAUGUUUUCUACUUUUCUACUCCUUAUAGACAGACAAUUAUAUCGUAGCAAGCAAUAAAGUAGCACAAUAAUAAAGAUAUUAAUAAGCUGUAGUUAUUUAAGUCCUCUAAAAAGCAUUAAAAAUAAUAGUCACGAAUAGUCUUACAUAUAAACGCGUCUUUUAUAUACUGAAGUUUUAGGUAAACACAAAAAAUGUCCCAAUAAAAAUGGAUGUGAUGGACGUGUUUCUCACACGUCAACUGUAAAGAAGAACAAUUUGUAUAAGAUUGUUAAAAACAAAAAUAUCGUUCAAAUAAAAUACUAUUGAAUAUUCA